AGGUGAUCUGGUGGAGGGGGGAGGGGGCCUAACUACUCGCUUUAUAUAGUAAACACCCACCUUAAAAGAGGGGAGAGUGAAAUGCAUGAAUGAGAUGCGCAGAAUUGCCGCCCACAUUGCUCUGUCUUUCUUACUCAUCCUCACACCCUGUCGGACAGAGUCAUCUGAACAACUCCUCCCUCCAUACUACAGCAUCUUUGGGCAUGCUCUGAAACAGGCCGAAGGAAGAACAAGAAGUUGCCCCUCCACUCAUCCGCGUCAACAUGGCCCGUACAUGGCGAACAAUGAGAUGUUCGCACCUCAUCACCGUCAUUGAUAAGAGUCACGCCAUGUGUCAUUGGCCAGGCGCUUCGUCCAGCAUGGCUGGGGAUGUCCCGCAUGGCAUCCGGAUGUACCCUACCGUUGGAGGCUGCAGGGAAAAAAACGCGACGGAGGUUUGGGGGACAAGCCGAUCCCUAGAUGACAGUCCUUCAUUCGGUCGCCUGGUAUGCCAAUGAGUCAUGAAUCACAUUGCCACGGGUGGCUCAGUCUUCGAGUCAGCGUUGAUAAUAAUAACCAGCGUCAGCCCCAAGGCUUCUUCAUUCAAGGGUCGCAAGCCAGCUUGUGGCGAAGAUGGCGCUGCCGCACAACCAUACUCCG